AUGGAUAUACAGGCAAUAUUGGCCGCAUCAUCCAAGGAAGACAAUCUCGGGCCACGGGACUUGAUUUACGGCUCAAACGAAACAACGCCUCCGUACUUCUCUUUGAAUUAA